AAAAAAAAAAAAAAAGAAGGAGAAAUAAAAGAAAAAGAGUUUUCUUUAAGAACAAGUAGAGCAAGCCACUUUCAUCCGGUCUGUGAUUCCUGUGAAAUUUCAUUGGAAUACUUGGCGCUUCAAUCUCUCUCUUCUCUCUCUAUCCCACACACGAACGCAGAUAGAGAAAGUUAAUUCAGAUGGCAAGCGCCAUGGUAGAGGACACGAGCUUUGAGGAUGAACAGCUCGCUUCCAUGACCGCCGAUGACAUUGUCAGAGCCUCUCGCCUUCUCGACAACGAGAUCCGUAUACUCAAGGAAGAGUUGCAAAGAACAAAUUUGGAGUUGGAUUCGUACAAGGAGAAAAUUAAGGAGAACCAAGAGAAGAUUAAGCUCAACAAACAGUUACCUUACUUGGUCGGCAACAUUGUUGAGAUUUUGGAAAUGAACCCAGAAGACGAGGCUGAGGAAGAUGGUGCAAAUAUUGAUCUUGACUCACAAAGGAAAGGAAAAUGUGUUGUCCUGAAAACAUCUACUCGCCAGACAAUUUUUCUACCUGUUGUUGGGCUUGUUGACCCUGAUAAGUUAAAACCUGGUGAUCUGGUUGGGGUGAACAAAGAUAGUUACCUGAUCUUGGAUACUCUGCCAUCUGAGUAUGAUUCUCGAGUAAAGGCCAUGGAGGUUGAUGAAAAACCUACUGAAGACUACAAUGACAUUGGAGGACUAGAGAAGCAGAUCCAAGAACUGGUUGAGGCUAUUGUUUUACCCAUGACACACAAGGAGCGGUUUCAGAAGCUAGGAAUUCGUCCACCUAAGGGAGUGCUCUUAUAUGGACCUCCUGGGACUGGGAAAACUCUUAUGGCCCGUGCUUGUGCUGCACAGACAAAUGCUACUUUCCUGAAACUGGCAGGCCCACAACUGGUCCAGAUGUUCAUCGGAGAUGGAGCAAAACUUGUUCGCGAUGCUUUUCAGCUUGCAAAAGAGAAAUCUCCCUGUAUCAUUUUUAUAGAUGAAAUCGAUGCUAUCGGCACAAAGCGGUUUGAUAGUGAAGUGAGUGGAGAUAGGGAGGUGCAACGUACUAUGUUAGAAUUGUUGAAUCAACUUGAUGGCUUUAGUAGUGAUGACCGCAUCAAGGUAAUAGCAGCAACGAAUCGUGCUGACAUUCUGGACCCUGCUCUUAUGCGUUCUGGUCGAUUGGAUCGUAAAAUUGAGUUUCCUCAUCCCACAGAAGAGGCAAGGGCUAGAAUCUUGCAGAUCCACUCUAGAAAGAUGAAUGUUCACCCAGAUGUCAACUUCGAGGAACUUGCACGGUCCACUGAUGACUUCAAUGGUGCACAACUGAAGGCAGUUUGUGUGGAGGCAGGCAUGCUAGCUCUCCGCCGUGAUGCGACUGAGGUGAACCAUGAAGACUUCAAUGAAGGUAUCAUUCAAGUUCAGGCAAAGAAGAAAGCGAGCUUGAACUACUACGCUUAGGGUGGAUCAUCUGAGUCUUCUACAAGUCCAGCUUUUGUUCACAGUAACCUAUGUUCUUGUGGAUGAAUUUUUAAUCUAUGUCCAGAUGAAUUUUUAAUCUGUGUCCGACCUUAAUAGACUUUUAGGAUGUGUUGGAUUAUGUUUUUAUAAAAAAACGUUUUGUAUUUGAUUAAUUAUGGAUGAGUAUAAAAUACGUCUUAUUCUUUCUUUUUCAA